AUGUCAGACUUGCCGACGCAACUCUACUUCGCCUAUGGCAGUAACCUUUGGCUGCAGCAAAUGGCCAGCCGGUGCCCCGAAAGCUUCUACGUUGGCAGGGCGAUUCUGCUGGAUCAUCGCUGGCAAAUUAACAGUCGAGGCUUCGCAAAUGUGAUUCCUUGCAGCGGCUACAACGUGCACGGAUUGGUCUAUCAAGUCAGCGUCGAUGAUGAAGCUCGCCUCGACAGGAAUGAGGGCGUUCAUUCCGGCGCUUACACAAAAUCAUAUCAUAGUGUCGUCCUACAUGAAGCUGUUGAAGACCUUCAGCUUCCAACGCGCUACCUUGUCCAGGAUGGUGGGCUUGAUCAGGCUGUCAACGCUGUGCGGUCAGGAUCACGAUCCCAUGAGCCCGAGCGGCAAGGCAGAAUCAGGAGCAACGUCCUGGUUUAUCUCAGUAGUCGUUACUCUCAGUGGGGUACCGCACGGGAUGAAUACGUCGAUCGCAUGAACUGUGGCAUAAGAGACGCUGUCACUUUAGGUAUCCCGAGUGACUUCUUCGAGAAUACGGUUCGGCCGUCGAUUCCACCGAGGUCAACCUCAAGAAGAUCUCAAAGGGAAGAUCAGGCCAGAAGGUCGGCGCGUCAAAGUGGUCAUCGCAGAACCAGUUCAGAUCCCGAAGAGCCUCGUCGAAGAAGACGCCGGAGCUCAUCUCCGCAGCGCAGAGCAUGGGGAACUGCAUUCCAGCGCCACGCUUCAACUGUGGGACGUGGUAUCCUUUUCAACCACACUGCUCCUGUCAUCUGUAAAGGUUAA